AUGGCAUUGCUUCUGUAUAGUUUUCCUUGGUUGUGUGGAGCGUAUGGGCUGGUUGGUCGAAACAAAAAGAUCCCUCGUCCACAUUUGUACCUCACAGUUCAAAGAGGAGUGAAGAUAUCGUUUGUACGACGUGAACUUGAAGAGAAAUUCAAGUGUGACGACGCUAAGGAACACUUUGAACUCCUUCGAGAACCUGAAAGAAAACCAAAAAUUAUAUAUUUGGGUCUCCUUUCAAGUAAAUUGAGAUGUAAAUCAUCUUCUGUCUCACCGACACCUGGUGGUGUUGUAUUAGCUUGCAGUAACCUCAGUUAUACCAAUAAAAACCCUUUACGACUCCCUGAAGAAAACGAGAAAGUUGAUGUACCUCAGGUCCAGGGAACUGGGACUUUAACCAUGUUUUGCGCCCUCAAUGGACAACAUUAUGCACUCACCUGCUUUCAUGUUGGUUGCGCAACUGAUGAAAACCGUUUAAACUCCGCAUUCAAUAAAGUAGAAGAUGUUCAGAAGAUGCGCAAUUCACUUCCAGCUUAUGAAAGUUAUGCAAAGAAACAGCAAUAUUAUUUUACACAAGGCAAUACAGAGGACGACAAUGAGGCCAUCUUAUUUGGAGACGAUGGAACGGACUGCACGCGUCUUGGUGGUUUUGACAAUUAUCAUUUUGACAACGAAUAUGACAUUUUGUCUCUAAAAGUUUUCGUUUUGAUAGUUAUUUUACUGUAUAGGCUAUAUUUGGCACCUGGAGUAAUUGUUAGGAAAAUGUCUUUUCGGACUGCUUUGAGGCGCGUUUGUUGGUUCGUGUGCAAUAAAACUUUAAGAUGAUUUCUUUGUUCGAAUUCAUUUGGAAAAGAAGAAAUUUUAAAAUAGCUAAUUUUAAUUUUUACUUCUGAGUGAUUGAAAUGAGUGAGUUGACGCCAUAUCGAAUGUCAUGUUGAAUGUCAUGUGACUCGUGUCAGAACUUUUCCCAGUCGUUUGGUCGGUUUGGAAAACAAGAUUUUAUGCCGAAGUGAAAGCAGAAUAUCAAGGUGUCUAAAACAAAAGGGUAAGAGUUUUAUUAUGUUAUAAAGUCCACUAGGGUCUGUUCUUUCAUAUCGUCCAGUUAAAACCUUCCAAAUAGUGCCGAAUGAGGGUAACUUUUUCCAUUGAUCGCACAACAACGUUUGGAUGUGUUCAAAGGAUGAUGGAUGUGUCCUUACAACGUUUGGAUGUGUCCUUUGAUGUCUUCCACAUUGACAGUUUAAUUGACUUCCGAAAUGCUUACUUAUUUCCUACUACACACUGCAAAGUUCUCUAAAAUCCAAUGAAAAAAUAUUAGAUAGUAUUGUAGCUGUUGGUAUAUUCGAAUAAACGCAAUUUCAAUGAUUGGGAAAAUUUUAAACAAAUAUAUAAUUUUAAAAUUAAAGGGGAAGUCAAGUCCGUAAUGUAAACAAAUCGUUUGUUUACAUUUUGAACUGCUCUAUUUUUUAAAAUAUGAUGUACUGUCUGAAUAUCUAACACCAUUUUGGUUCGCUAUGCUUCUAAAUGAAUAUGAAAUAGAGUUUAUGUUCAGAAAAAUUCGAAACAUUCGAAAUUUGGGCAAUGUUCACAUUAUGCACCUAUCAAUGUUAACCCCGAGGGGGCGGGGGGCGGGCAAAGGGUGGGGAUUUGAUCAAUCAGGUGGUCCCAUGGGUCGGGAUUUGGACUGACACUUUUUUUCUAAGUGGCCCGAGGGUGGGGAUUUUUGACAGAUUAACACUGAUCUCAGACGAUAUACUGAAGAAACCUGAGCCAAUUUUAGAACAAACUCUGACUCGUCCCCAGUCGCCCGUGUUGUAGCUGUCAACGCCUAACCCGCGAACGGGCAUAUCCUCCCGCACUAAAAGGUAACGAGGGACUGUGGAAGAGUCAGGAACAAACUGAAGACUGGGCACUAGUUUAUCGCUCGCUGUCUCGCACGUUGUUUUUACAAGAAAUAUGGAAAUUUCUGGACAAGAAAUAA